GGAAUGAUGGAUACAAGCAUCCAAAAAGUCAUACACAUAGACCUUCAAAAGUCUUCACCUUAAAUUCCUAACACAUAUGUAUGAGUGUGUGAUCUCUCUGAUUGAACUUUGUCCAUAGAACUCCAAGAUAGACCAAAAAGGUUCCACCCACAAAACAAAAACAAAAACAAAAACACAAAAACAGCCAAAUAGCUAGAGACCAAGAUGAGAUCAAGCAGCAAAAGUUCUGAAAACUCCAAGACUUGUCUAUCUAACAACUUCAAAGCCACCACCAAUAUAGAAGAAGACAAAGAAGAAGAGGAGGAUGAAGAAGGCGAAGAGGACGAAGAAGAGAGAUCAGGAGAUCAGAGUCCAUCUAGCAAUAGCUAUGUGGAAGAGAGUGGAAGUCACCAGCAUCAUCAUCAUGAUCAGAUCAAGAAGAAUGGUGGAUCUGUGAGGCCGUACAACCGCUCAAAGACUCCAAGGCUGAGAUGGACACCUGAGCUUCAUAUUUGCUUUCUUCAAGCUGUAGAGAGAUUGGGUGGCCCAGAUAGAGCAACACCGAAGCUCGUUCUUCAACUGAUGAAUGUUAAGGGGCUAAGUAUUGCCCAUGUCAAGAGCCAUCUUCAGAUGUACAGGAGCAAGAAGACCGAUGACCCGAAUCAAGGAGAUCAAGGAUUUUCUUUUGAGCACGGAGCUGGUUACACCUACAAUCUUAGCCAACUUCCAAUGCUACAAAGUUUUGAUCAAAGGCCUUCUUCUAGUCUAGGAUAUGGUGGCGGUUCGUGGACAGACCAUAGACGACAGAUCUACCGUAGCCCUUGGAGAGGCUUAACGGCACGAGACAAUACAAGAACAAGACAAACACUGUUUAGUGCACGACCUGGUGAGAGAGUUCAUCACGGAGUUAGCAAUAGCAUUCUUGAUGAUAAGAACAAAACUAUUUCGUUUCGAAUCAAUUCUCAUGAAGCGGCUCAUGAGAACAAUGGAGUAGCUGAAGUUGUUCCAAGAAUUCAUAGAAGCAUUCUUGAAGGCAUGAAAACGUUUAACAAAUCAUGGGGACAGAGCCUUUCAUCCAAUCUUAAUCCUUCUAUCGCAACAAGGCCACAAGAUCAUAUUGCUACAACACUAAAUUCUUACCAAUGGGAGAAUUCUCGAGUGGCAGAAGGAUCUGAGAAUGUCUUGAAAAGGAAAAGAUUAUUAUUGUCUGAUGACUGCAAUAAGUCAGACCAAGAUUUGGAUCUAAGCUUGUCCCUUAAGGUACCUCGGACACACGACAACCUUGGGGAAUGCUUGUUAGAAGAUGAAGAAAAAGAAAAUGGUGAUCAACAAGAUAGCCUGCAGGGUUUGUCUCUUUCAUUAUCUUCGUCAGGUAUAUCAAAACUUGGUCCAACCAUUAGGAAAGAAGAUCGAACUGAUCAUAAAAAGGGAAAGAUUACGGUCUUGGCAAGUCCCCUUGAUCUCACUUUGUGAAUAUAACAACAUAUAUAUAUAUUUAUAUUCUAAGUGAGAUCUUGAGGUACUUGUUGAUGGAAGACGGUUCUGUACUGUUUAUCAUUCGUUGCAUAUUUGUGACAAGACCCAUAAUUAAGGAAAUAAUAGAGAUAUUUUUUUUUAAACUUUUUGUCAUUUUUUCCACUGUCGAGGUGUAAAAUGCAUAUUUAAAAUAUAUGUGAAUUGUGAUCGAGUUGGGAGCUAGCUAGCAGAGAUUUGUUUUCUACUGAAUAAUAACCAAGCAAUACAUU